AUGCCUGCAACCCGAGCUUCAUCCCAACACCUCCGUGUACAUACUAGGACCACUAUGGUCAAGGCAAAGAGGAGAUCUGCCCAAACCAACGAAAUGGUUGAAAAAGAAUCCCAUUGCAUCUGGACCCAGGUGGAUGAGAGUGCCCUCAUCACAUACAUCGCCACCCAUCGAGCCAAGGGUGGUGAUGGGAUGAACUUCGACAAAUCGUUCUGGGUUGCCGCAGCUGCAGAGAUGGCUAAUAAGGGCACUCCAGGGGUGGGUGCCCCUAAAAGCCCUGAUGCAUGCCAUCAGAAGUGGGGGCAGCUGCACAAGUUCUUCAAAGUUGUUGACAAGAUAGCCAACUCAUCCGGUAUAUCCUACACUCGUGAGAAGGGUGUGAAUAUCACCACUGAAUCUGAGACAAUUUGGGUGGAUUUACUUAAGUCCAUCAAAUCCUCGGGCUGGGAACACUACAAGGCCCUCGCCAAAAUCCUCCCAUCUCACACCAGUACCUGGACUGGUUUCCACACAAGCCUCGACAUCAACGCCAACACAUCAAUGCCCACCGACAGCACAAGUGCUAGUGACAUCAUAAUGAAGUCACUAGAGAACUUGCUCGAAAACAUCAAGUUCCACAAGAACACCAACACUGAGAUGAUGCCUGUCCCCAAAGACCCCCCCACCCCAUCUUCCACUGUCCAACCUCAGCUCAUCUCAGUGGCCCAAUCCUCCAAUACAGCGCCACGCUUGCCGCGCUUCCUCAUACCCUCCGCACCCUCAUUGGUGUCCAAUUCCACACCAGCUUCUUCAAUGGCCAUCAAACACAAGACUAUGGACAAUGAUACCUCAUGCCAGGAAUCUCACCCUCCUCACUCUUUGAAGUCUGGCAAGAGUGCAGGAGGGUCAUCAAAAUCCCAGUGCACUUUGCUGAAUGCAUUGGAGGAGUUGGGCGGACAGGUGAAGAGCAGCAUUGACACUGCAACUGUUGUGCUUAAGGAAGUCGCUGCAGGUCAUGAGCCGCCCCCAGUCUGCAAGCAAAGGGCCAUCUGCCUGGUGCAAGAGGAGCCUGAUCUUGAUGAUCAUGAGGUUCUCAAGAUGAUCAAAGUGUUUCAAUCUGAUGUUAUAGUUGCUGAUUCUUACCUUAACAUCACAUGA